AGAAGUCACGUGAUCAUCGUCCUUACCCUGCCGCCAUGAUGCAUGCUGUACGGAGAGCAUGUUGCGGAACUUUGAAAGCCACAAAAUGUGGCUUUUCGGUUCCAACAGCAACACAUUCAGCUGUAAGAGCAGUACCAAGCUUCUUCACAACUCGGGAUUAUGCAGCAGAGGCUGCUAAGGCCACCAGCACAAUAUCUGGAAAAGUUGUAGCAGUCAUUGGUGCUGUGGUGGAUGUCCAGUUUGAUGAUGAUCUACCGCCAAUUCUCAAUGCCUUGGAGGUGGAGAACCGAUCACCAAGGCUUAUUCUCGAGGUCGCUCAGCAUUUAGGGGAGAACACGGUACGAACAAUUGCUAUGGAUGGUACAGAGGGUCUGGUGCGUGGCACUGUCUGUCAGGAUAUCGGCUCCCCUAUCAGGAUCCCUGUAGGCCCUGCCACACUUGGUCGAAUCAUGAAUGUCAUCGGAGAGCCCAUUGACGAGAGGGGCCCCUUCAAUACAAAGCACUUUGCAUCAAUUCACGCUGAAGCACCUGACUUUGUGGAGAUGAGUGUAACACAGGAAAUUUUGGAGACAGGAAUCAAAGUGGUAGACUUGCUCGCUCCAUAUGCCAAGGGAGGAAAAAUUGGUCUGUUCGGAGGUGCUGGAGUCGGAAAGACAGUACUUAUCAUGGAACUGAUCAACAACGUUGCCAAAGCUCACGGUGGUUACUCUGUGUUCGCUGGGGUAGGAGAGAGAACUCGUGAAGGAAACGAUCUGUACCACGAAAUGAUCACAUCCAAAGUCAUCAGUCUGACUGAUGAUUCCUCCAAGGUAUCGCUGGUCUACGGUCAGAUGAAUGAGCCCCCAGGUGCCCGUGCUCGUGUGGCCCUGACAGGUCUGACUGUUGCCGAGUAUUUCCGUGAUCAGGAGGGACAGGACGUACUGCUCUUCAUUGACAACAUUUUCAGAUUCACACAGGCAGGCUCAGAGGUGUCUGCCUUGCUGGGACGUAUCCCGUCCGCUGUAGGCUACCAGCCCACACUAGCCACAGACAUGGGUACCAUGCAGGAGAGAAUCACCACUACAAGGAAGGGCUCCAUCACCUCAGUACAGGCUAUUUAUGUGCCUGCUGACGAUUUAACCGAUCCUGCUCCUGCCACGACCUUCGCCCAUUUGGAUGCCACCACUGUGUUGUCCCGAGGUAUUUCUGAACUGGGUAUCUACCCUGCUGUGGAUCCCCUCGACUCCAUCUCUCGUAUCCUGGAUGCCAACGUGGUGGGAGAGGAGCAUUACGUUGUUGCCCGUGCCGUACAAAAAGUGUUGCAGGACUACAAGUCCCUUCAGGAUAUCAUUGCUAUUCUGGGUAUGGAUGAGUUGUCUGAAGAUGACAAGAUGACUGUGAUCAGGGCCCGUAAGAUGCAGAAGUUCCUGUCACAGCCCUUCCAGGUGGCAGAGGUUUUCACAGGCCAGGAGGGCAAAUAUGUACCACUCACAGAGACCAUCAAGGGAUUCAAGGACAUUUUAGCUGGAAAGUAUGACCACUUACCUGAGGUGGCCUUCUACCUGGUGGGAUCUAUUGAAGAGGUGGUAGCCAAGGCAGACAGACUGGCUGAGGAACAGUCCUCCUAAUUGGGCAGUAACAUAGACCAUUUAAUAUAAUAUACUGUAUCAGAAGCUGAAUGUGUGUGUGAUGAAUACUUAUCAACAAGACCAGUGAGGAAAUGUUUUGGCUGUUCGUAACAUGGAAGUCGGAAUAGUUGAAAGUACUUUGGUGAUAAUUCUAAAGGAUGUGUUUUUUGUUUUAAAAAAGAAAGAAAACAUAGUGCUGUUUGUCUAGGUGAAUGAGUUUACCAGUUUCAGGUUGUGUACAAAGGGACGUUUUUUUAACCUAACAUGUCCCUCUGUCAUACAAGUUGAAAUAAAAAAGGUGUUUAAAUCUA